AUGCAGUCGCGGUUUCUGGUGCUGGCCGUCGCGCUGUCGUUCGACCUCGUGCUGACGUCCUUCCUGUACAUUGCGAUUGCGCGUGGCUCGUCGCUGGGCUUCUCAGAGUACACGCGGCGCUCCUUCACGCAGUACCACUUUGCCCAGUCGCUCGUCGAUGUCGUCCUGUUUGAUCUCAUUCGCGCGCUAAUCUACCUCGCCGUCGCCGUCCUCGCGCUCGCUCGCGGUCCCAACAAGCACACAAACAUCCGCUUUGUCAUUCUCAAUGCAUUCGGACAAGUCGGACUGUGCAUUGCGAAAACCAGCCAGAUGGACUUUGGGAUUUUCUCUGCUGGAAUCCAGCCAUGGGUCUACUUGCUAUUCGUGGCGCUGUUCGUCCUUCCGCUCGUCGAUGGCUUCUUUGCGCUCAGCGUCCCUUCCAAGAAACUGCUGCUGGCGAGUGAGCGAACCCCGCUACUGAACGAGUCGCGCGCAUCGGGCGUUUCCAUCAACGUCGAGAACUACGAUGAGGACAACGACAAGCCUGAAUCACUACGGAACAGCCGCCAUCAUGACGAUCAAUCGGAUUCCCAUUCGUGGUCGAGUGAACACUUCUUUGUGGCCACAGAAUACGUUGAACCUGCAUCGCCGGCGUCUGAAGACCUCUCUGGUGCCGAACUGCAGGGCAACCACACGCCCACUGACCUGGUGACCAAGUUUACAACCGCAUUGACUCAAAUUGAGCACUUGUACAACCAUUCUAGAGUCACCAAGGCCGCAAAACUACUCACCGUAACUCGAAACGCUCUUCGACAUCACAUGAGCAAUCGCCAUGUCACCCACUUGACCGGUGGCGACAUGACUGCUGCAGCGGCAUUCGACCAAAUCGCCGCACUCAUGCGCCAAGCAGAGAGUCGGCACCAUCAUAUCGAACACGAAGCUGCCAUGCUCAAGCUAUUUCUCGCCUCAACAGACAACGACGAGGGGUGGAUUCUGCAGGGCGAAACAAACGGCAUUCGAAUUGACUACCAACACCGCGAAGGGUCGGCAACGCACACCAUUCGAGCCAAAGGCACCGUGGAGGCCGAUACUGUGUGUUUACUCGUUGUUGCCACCGAAUUGGAUCUGUUGGGCACCUGGUUCCCGAGCUUUACCUUCCCGCUGAAGUUUGGAAUGCAAAAGUCGACGAGGGUUGCUCGUGUGGCUCCGCUGCAUGACCUCACCUACGUUGCGGCGUCUGUGCCGUGGCCGUUCGCUGAUCGCGACUUGACUAUCAAUCUUGUCUUUGAAAACCGGCUCAACGACGAUGGCACACUCGUUGUUGCGUUUGAGACUGUUGAAAUGUACAGUGGCGUCACCCUGCCCGCGCCAACAGAGGGCGUCGUACGCAUCGACCUGACUGGUGGUCUCGUCUUCCGGCCAAUCGAUCGCCAUCAUGUGCAAAUUCAAAUGGUGUGGGAUCUUGAUCCCAAGAUUAGUGUUAUUCCGGCUGCGGUGUUGAAUUUCCUGAUCAAGAAGGUCAUCAAGCAUGGUCUGACCAUGUAUACAGAGAUUGCACGAAAGAUUCAAGGGACGCCCUACGAAGUCCGACUCAACGCGGAUCCUCACUACGCCGAGCUGAGCGCCAAAAUCCGUGCUCUCCACUCGCUUCGUUGA